UUACGAACGGCCAAACUGCACGAAUCCGCAGGCUGCGACCUGGGUAACCGUACAGGCUGGAGGCGGCGGAGACGGCGGUGAAGGCGAUGAAAUUCAGCGUGAAGGCAUGGAGCAAGGGCGGAGCUCGGGCGGGGGUACUGCAGGUCGGCGGCAGCUGUUGUUUGGAAACUCCAGCUCUCCUCCUCACUACACGCAAGGGUUUGCCUUCCUUCAUUUCCCCUGACCUGCUGUCUACUCUCCCGUCGCCGGACUCUCGCCUCCUCCAAUUUAGUCCUCUUCACUUCGCAGAAGGAAUCUCUAUGAAAACGAUAUCCGAAUUGGGAGGGCUGCAUCAGAUGCUUGGUUUGAAAGAUCAUGUGUUUGUGGCCGUCCCGAGGGAUUCAAUUAUAUCCUUGCCGGAUUACCAGAGCGCUAACAGGCUGGGAGCUUCUUUCGAGACUCCUUGUGGUCGACUGCUGAUGAAACCAAAGCAGUAUAUGGAAAUGAUUUCAUCGAUGAAGCCGGAUAUAUGGUCCACAUUGGCAGAUGAAGUCCCUGCAUGGGUUUCUGAAAAGAGAAACAGAGCCUCGGUUGAUCGAACUGUGAGAUGGCUUGAUGAAUGCCUACCGUCGGAUCUUGCUUCCAAUACAGGCGGAGCUGCAUUUGGGACAAUUGUGGGAGGCUCACGAAUUGAUGAACGGAAGUGCUGUGCAGAAGAAGUUGCAAAGCGAAAUGUGUCAGGAUUCUGCAUAGGAGGCUUUGGCCUUGGGGAAAGUCUGGAUGAUCGCCCUGCUCUUCUCCGUGCUAUUAUUGAACAUUUACCAGAAAACAAACCCCGUCAGAUUUGUGGUCUUGGGCUUCAUGAGGAAAUCUUGCAAGGUGUUGCUGUUGGGGUUGACCUAUUUGACUCGACAUAUGUUUACCAUCUUACACUUGGAGGAUUUGCCCUUACAUUUGCUUCUGCGGAAAACAAGAAACACGAUGUUUGUGAUCAGCUAACUGAACUUACUGGUAGUGACGGCACCAAGAUCAAUCUAAAAGCAACAAUUUACAGGAAAGACACAUCGCCUAUCGUCGAGGAUUGCAAGUGCUACACAUGUAAGAAUCAUACAAAGGCUUGCAUAAACCAUCUGUUCAACGUGCACGAAAUGCUGGCGCAGAUUCUAUUAGAAAUCCACAACACCCACCAUUACCUCGGAUUUUUCCGAACAAUAAGGGAAGCAAUCCAAAUAGGAAGGUUCGAGAUGCCAAAUGGGUACUACUAUUGGCAAAUCAAGUGCGGCCUUAUUUGAUAGCCACAACCCACCAAGUGGGCUUGAUACAGUUAAAGUUAAACCAAAAAGAGAUGCCACCUGGAUUGUGGUUAUUAUAUUGAGCAUCACUUCAGCUGCUACUAUUGUUUAUGGCAUCUACCAAAGAAGAAGCGGAGUGAAUGGGCAUUGCUGAGGAGGGGUGGGGUAUGUAUAUGCAUCACUCGUUCCGUAGGGGAAAUAUGCGCUGCAAUGCUCUCUGCUCUCUGCCUACUCAAUUCGAUACAAAAUUAUUGCUGGAAAAGGUUUCAGCCUAUCGGUGGAUUUAAAGGAAAAGGCUUCAGCAUAUCGGUGGAUUCAUAUUUCAAGGUAUCUUGCUUCCAUUAUUUGAGAAAGUUAUAUCAUAUUUUUUUUAAAAAAAAUGUGGCAAUUUAAAGCUGGUAUUGCUCCCCCCGCCACGCAAAAAAUUUGUGCAUUUUUUGCGAGGGAGGGAGUAAUAUUUUUUUGGGUUGGCGCGGGCCGUUUUAAAAUUCAAGCCCAUAGGCCCGGCUUGAUUAUGCAUUGGGGUUGAAAAUCCAAACCAAGGCAUAGCCCGGUUUCAAAUUAUACCGGGCCAUACCAGCCCAGCCCAGAUUUUAAAAAUAAAUUGUCUUCUUUUAUUAAACAAUAAAUUAUAUUAAUCUAAAUUGAUAUAAUUACGAAAAUAUUUUUAUUGAUAAUUAAGAAACUAAAUAAUAAUUAAUUAUUAAUUUUAUGUUAAAGUUAAUAUAAUAUUAAAAAAAUAUUUUUACUUACCUUAUUUUAAUAAUUUGGACCGUGCCUAGCACGUAAAAAUUUGCAUAGACCUCGAAACGGUUUGGUUAUUCAACCAUGCUGGGCUGGCCCGACCUUUAUAUAGUUUGGAUCUAAUUUUUAGACCAAAAUUUUUAUUUUUCGUGUCGUAUAUGGAUUGGAUAGUAGUAGACUCUACAUAAAUUUUACCUACAAACUAAAUACACUAAAAAAUAAGUUAGGAUAAAGUCCCGGGACGUAAAAGUAAAUAUAUUUCUAUAUGCAUAAUGCUAAAUUAAAUUCAAUGCAUAAAUGUAAAAGCAAAUGGACGAAUUACUCCCUAUGAUGUAUUCGGACGUCCGAUCGUCCGGCCACUCCCUCUCGUAUGCAUCUAAAAAGAUUUUAACUGGAAAUUAGUAUAUAAGUAUAGGAAACAACAAAAUAAUAAUAAAAUCACUUACCUUCGAUUUGAAAUCGAGAUCGAAGGAUCUUUGCGGAUCCUAUCGUCUCCACACAAGCUUUACCUACAAAUUAAAAAUACUAAAAAACAAGUUAGUAUAAAAUUUAGGAACAAAAUUAAAACAUGCAAGUCCCGGGACGUAAAGAUGAUUCUAUUACUAUAUGCAAGAAAAUAAAAUAAAUGGAAAGCGUAGAUUAAAAGAAAAAGUAGGAGAUACUCUCUAUUAUGGGUUCGGUCAAUAUCCUUCGAGUUCGAAGGAUAUCCGCGGAUCCUCUCGUCUCCCAUAAGCUUUACCUACAAAAUAAAAACACUUAAAAAACAAGUUAGUAAAAAAUUUAGGAACAAAAUUAAUGCAUGCAAGUCCCGGGAUAUGCAAGAAAAUAAAAUAAAUGGAAAGCGUAAAUUAAAAGAAAAAGUAGGAGAUACUCCCUAUUAUGGGAUAUCCUUCGAGUUCGAAGGAUAUCCGCGGAUCCUCUCGUCUCCCAUAAGCUUUACCUAUAAAAUAAAAACACUUAAAAAACAAGUUAGUAUAAAAUUUCGGAACAAAAUUAAUGCAUACAAGUCCCGGGAUAUGCAAGAAAAUAAAAUAAAUGGAAAGCGUAAAUUAAAAGAAAAUGUAGGAGAUACUCCCUAUUAUGGGAUAUCCUUCGAGUUCGAAGGAUAUCCGCGGAUCCUCUCGUCUCCCAUAAGCUUUACCUACAAAAUAAAAAUACUUAAAAAACAAGUUAGUAUAAAAUUUAGGAAAAAAAUUAAUGCAUGCAAGUCCUGCAAUAUACAAGAAAAUAAAAUAAAUGGAAAGCGUAAAUUAAAAGAAAAA